AUGGGAAUUAUUGGAAGUGGAUGUGAAGUCAUGCGAUAUGCAUGGCCCAAGAUGACUGUAUCCUUCUCCAUCCGAGAGAAUGUGGAUUUGUUGGUGAUCGAGCGAGGUAACUACAAGCAACCCAGUAGCCCCCGUCAAGAACCAUGGGAGGACAUGGUGGAGUCCGUGCCUCCCGAAAAGCGACCAAAACUCAUCAUUGAAUGUUGGCGCUCUGAUCCAACUCUAUGGCAAUAUGGCCCAACCAGCAAGGCAACCACCACCAGAUGGAGAGACAUUGGCUACUACGUCAAUUGCCGAACUAUCAACGCAACUUCCAUCGUUGGAGCCAUCAACCAAGAGAGACUCCUAGGGGCCCGCACUCGAGCUGACAUUGGAGCACAAUGGGUGUGGGACAACCUGGACAGAGAUCUAGCUGUGAUUUGA